AUGCUGGCGGCUGCUGACUCAUAUCAGCCAGUGCAAGAGUACGAGUCGCUCAAGUUAUUAGCAGCACUACUUCGAGAGCCGAGCAAGUAUGAGCUGUGGUUCGAGCAGUACGCCUCUGGAGUUGUAUUCCGGAUUGGAUUCGGACACUGGAUUGAGACCGGCCAGGAAGAGGAAUUUCUCAGGAUUAUAGCGGUCGGUAAGAACGUGGAACGAGUGGCGUCUCCGGGAGUAUACCUUGUUGACUCUCUCCCACUCUUGCAACAUAUGCCCACUUUUUUGGCUCCUUUCAAGCAAGAAGCUCGCAAGCUGCGUGCCGAAGAAUUGAGCUUGUUCCGGAAACUGCUGUAUGAUGUCCGUCAGUCGAUGACCAGAGGAGGAUCGACCCCUGCAUCUUUUAUGAAAACAUUUUUGGAAAAUCAAGAGACGUUCAAACUGUCGGACGACGAAGGGGCGUACGUGAUAGGCACACUCUUUGAAGCCGGGAGUGGCACCACUGCGGCUGCAAUGAUGUCGUUUUGUCUGGCCAUGUGUCUCUUUCCCGCGUGGCAGCAGAAGAUCCAAGACGAAGUGGACGGCGCCACGGGGGCUCGAAUGCCUGGGUUUGAAGACGUCCCUCAACUCCCCACUGUCCGUGCCGUUAUCAAGGAGGUCCUUCGCUGGCGGCCAGUGACCGCCGGCGGCGUGCCACAUCAAUUAAUCAAAGAUGACGAGUACGAAGGCUAUCAUUUCGCCGCUGGAACAGUCUUUCACGCCAACCAAUGGGCAAUUCAUCGAGAUCCAGAGUUGUACCCGGAUGCCGAUACUUUUCGACCGGAACGUUGGCUUGAUCCCAAGUUUCCCCAGACCUACCGAGAGCCUUUAAGCAAGUAUCCAAAUCUACAAAAUUAUUCGUGCUUUGGCUUUGGUCGGCGCAUCUGUCCCGGCCAAAGCAUCGCCGAACGUUCACUUAUCCUGCUCACUGCACGCAUCGCCUGGGCCUUGGAUCUGCAGAGGAAGACUGACGCUGCGGGCGCCUUGUUGCCCCUUCUGGACUACGACUACACCGCUGGUUUUAACGUUCAGCCUCGACACUUUGACUUUGACAUCUUCCCUCGAUCAGCUGAGAAAGUUAGAAUGAUUCAUGCUGCGCUCCGGAUGGCUAAGGAGGAAUGUAUUGACUCGGGCUCGAACAAACACUAA